UCAUCCCAAGCAUGCAUGCACAAAAACUAAAAGGUGCAGUGGUGGAAUGUGGGAGCGAGCUAGAAUAAUGAGUCUUAAGCUUCUAAUUGUGAUGGCCAUACAGGGUUUGAUGUUGGUGAUGAUGCAGCAGGUUGAAGGUCAGUUUGCAGAGAAUGGUAAUUUGUAUACUUGUUGGGGAGGAUGUUAUAAUCAGUGUGUUUUGCUUGGCCGGAGCUCCGCCGUAGCCGGCGGUGGGAAUUUUCCAUGCUAUAUUGGUUGUUUGAGCAGUUGCGUUCCCCAGUCGGCGGCGCAGUACCAGAACUAUUGCCAGAUCGGCUGCUCUCUUCAACUUUGCUUUCCAUCCAUCACUAAUGGUGCACAAUUGGAGAAUUGCUUUGCUAAUUGCGCCAACGUCUGUGGGCUAUAGCCAUUUCUCCCCAGAAAAAUAAAGUCCUGAUGAUAAUUUUUAUGAAUUGUUGCUUUAUUUUAUUUUUAUUUUUA